AUGGAUCAUAAUACAAUAUUUGCAUUACAAUCUAUUCCAUCUAUUGUUAAUAUUAAUAAAUUUAGUCAAUAUAAUUCAAGACUAAUGAAAACUGGUUAUAAACGGAUUAGACCAAUGUGUAAUGAAAUCAAUUUGAAGAAAAUGAAUCGUAUUGACAAUGAUGAUAAUGAUGAUUCUAUGGAUGAGCAAAGGAUUAAUAUUCCAAAUAAUAAUAUACAACAACAACAACAACAUCAUGAAGAACAAGAUGUCAUUACACAUCAAUCGGUGCUACAUCGAAGUUUAGCAGAAUGUUUAAAACGUUUAUGUAAUGAAAUACAAAGUAAUCAUUUUCUACCAAUUACAAUGAAUGCAUCACUUAAUACUGAUACAAUUAAUUCAAUGAACAAUGAUUAUUCAACUUGUAUAACUACACCUAUCACUAUUCCUACUACUAAUAUCAAUACUACUAAUACUAGUGUUUCAAUGUAUCCAACUCAAGCAUUAGACUUGAGUAUAACAUCGAAUAUUACAUUAAAUGAAAGUAUAACCAAUGAUUCAUUGAAUAUAACUAAUACAUUCAAUAAGAGUUUAUCACCUUCACCAACAUUAUCUUCAUACUAUUCAUUAAAUAAUAAUAAUAAUAAUAAUAAUAAUAAUAAUAAUAAUAACUUGAUUGCACUCACCUUAUCUUCCUCAUCUUCUGAUUCAUCUACUUCAUUGAUGUCAUCAUUUUCAAAUAAUACUAUGCCACAACAAGAACAACAACAACAACAAAGAAACACAGUUAGUUUGACAAAUAUCACCAGUCACACUGAUUCACUUAUAAAUAGUUUAAAUUAUGACACUUCUAAUAAUAUUAAUACUAAUGUUAGUAGUAGUAAUGAUGAUCACAGUCAACAACAAACUAUUCACUACGAUUCUCCGAAUAUUAUCAAUAAUGCUCAAACAUUAUUAUUUCCUGGCCUUACUCCAACAAUUUUUAAUUUACCUCCAUGUUUAACUUGUACAAAUACAUUAACACCAAUAAAAUCAGUAAUGGAUCAAUUAAUCAAUGAAAAAGGUGAACAAGACGAAAUAAAAGAAGAACUUUUUACAAAGAUUACUAAAUCAAUUUAUUUACAUCAAAAUGAAUUGAGUAAUAAUACUACUACUAAUAAUACUACUAAUAAUAGUAAUAUUAAUAAUAAUCCACCGGCUAUUAUAAAUAACAUAUUAAAUCCAACUGAAUUAAUUUUGAAUUAUGCAACAAAUUAUUAUUUACAUGGAAAUCAUCAAUCAUUCAAUAAUAAAUGUUUAACAGAAGAAGAUAUUAUUGAAGGAGAAGAAGGGGAGGAUAUGAAAAAAGAUGAAAUUUCUACAUGUACUAGUCCUGAUGAAACAAUAUUAAAAGAAUUCGAUAAUGAACUAUCUUCAAAACGUAUUGAUUCAUCUGACAUGGAACAAUUAGACUUAAAAACAACUUCAUUAUGGUUAACAGAAUCCGAUAUACAUUCUAUACCAAAUCUAGUUGAAUCGAUUAAAAAAUACCAUUCAAAUGAUGAAUGUGGUUUUGAUGUAUGUCGAUCAUCUAAACUGAGAGAACAUUAUCAUUGUAGUAUAUGUAAUAAGAUUAUUCUACGACGUGAAGAAAUGAUAAGACAUGCUAAAUGGCAUAGAAAACGUGAAGAAAGUAUGCAAUAUGGAUUUAUGCGUUAUAGUCCAUGUGAUGAUUGUACUGUUAUUUCUUGUCCACAUAAUGGACGUCAAACACAUUAUCAUUGUAUGCAAUCAAAUUGUGACAAGGUAUAUGUCAGUACAUCAGAUGUACAAAUGCAUGCAAAUUAUCAUCGUAAAGAUGCUGUUAUUAUACAAGAGGGUUUUCAACGAUUUCGUGCAACAGAAAAUUGUGGUAUUACCAAAUGUCCAUUUUAUAAAGAAUGUACUACACAUUUUCAUUGUCGACGUAAUAAUUGUCACUUUACAUUUAAAAAUAAAGCUGAUAUGGAAAAACAUAAAGUACAUCAUCAGAAAAAUGAUAGAUUUGCACAAGAUGGAUUUCGUCGUUACAUAAAAUGUGAAAAUUGUGAUUUUCCCGAUUGUCAGUAUUCUGGCGUAAUAAACCAUAUUCAUUGUAUUCGACCAGGAUGUGAUUAUGUAAUCCAUUCAUCUAGUCAAAUCAUGUCACAUAAACGAAAACAUGAUAGACGAUUUGCAUCAUUUUCACCGAAAUAUAUAAAUAUGUUAUAUCAUGAUGAUAUCAAUCAAACAUUUUCUCCAUCUAAUCAAAACAACAACAACAAUAAUAAUAAUGAUAAUGAAGAUUUAAUCAAUAUUCAUGAAAAUAAAAUCAAUAAAAUUGAUUUCAAUCUUGAUAUCCAUACAAUUGAUUUAUUAGAAACAAAUACAUCGAUGAAUCAUUUAAAACAAUCAUUUUAUAAUGAAUUUCAAUUAUUACAAAAUGAUUUCAAUAAUAAUUUCAAUAAUUUAAUGACUACUAAUGAUUUAUUAAAUAAACUAUCAAAAUUUGUUACUAUGUGUAUAUAUCGACGUGAAAAUUGGGAACAUAUAUUAUUAAAAAUCAAUAAUUUUGAUGAUCAUUUAAAUUAUGAACAUUUAUUAUUAUAUAAAAAAAUUGAUAAAAUUCUUAUCUCUAUUUAUCAAUCAUAUAAUCAAUAUUUAAAUAAAUGUUUUUGGCCAGGAUGUCAUUCAAAUAUGAAUAGUAAUAUGAUUGAUAAUACCACCACCACUUCCUCCACCACCACGACCUCCACGACCUCCACGACCACCACCACCACUACUACUACUACUAAUAAUAAUAAUAAUGAUAAUAAUGGUAGUAAUGGCAAUAAUAAUGACGAUGAUGAUGUAAAACAAUAUGGAGACUCUUCUAAAACAUGGUGUAAAUAUUGGUUAUCUCAUUUAUGGGAAGCAUGUUUAUCAUUUUAUGCUUAUAUAGAAUGUAAUCAAUCAAAUUGCCCAAUUCAAUCCAAUAAUAAUAAUAAUAAUAAUAAUGAUCAUAUUCAUUGUCGUUUUUGGCCAAAAUGUAAUUUUAUUAAUUUAUCAAAUCAAUUAAAUUUUCAAAUAUUAUAUAAACAUUUUCUUUCACAUAAUGAAUAUUUAAUGACUAAUUCAUUAAAUGAUAAUCAAAAUCAAAAUCAAUAUCAUGUUACUAUGGAUACAACAUAUAAUAAUUUAAUUAAUCCAAAACGUAGAGGUAGACCACCAAAAUAUGCUAAACAUAUUUAUGUACCACAUAUUAAUCCACCUGAAUAUUUAUGUAUAGAUAAUCAAUAUACUAUUGAUUUAACAUAUUCAAUGUUUUUUGAUCCGAUCGAUAAUGAUAUUGAUCAAAAUGUAUUACAUAAUCACGUUAGCAACUAUAACACCAUGUUAUUAAGCAAUAAUAAUAAUGAGAAAGAACAAAAUCAAUUUAAACAUAUAAAAUAUGCUAUAAAAUUAUUUUUACCUAAUGAAAUUUGUCCAGAUAUAAAUUGUCCAUAUUAUAUAACCCAUGAACAACAUUAUCAUUGUGUUAAACCAAGAUGUUAUAUGUCUACUAAUAAAUUAGAUUUAAUUAAUAUACAUCGUCGUGAAUUUCAUCAACAUACUAUAAUAGAAAAAGGUUUUGAAUAUUAUGAUAUUAGUAUUGAUUGUCGUCGUCCAUUAUGUCAUAAUAAUAAAAUCAAUAAACAUUUUCAUUGUAUUUAUCCAAAUUGUGAUUAUACAUUUAUACGUUCUAGUACAAUGCAACAACAUUUAAAAAAGCAUACAGAAAAUUUAAAAACGAAACAAACUAUAAAUCGAUCAAUUGUUGCUAUGGCAACAACUACAUCAUCAAGUAUAGAUAAUAAUAUAAUGAAUAAUAAUAAUAAUACAAAGUGUAAUCAUUCAAAUAAUAUACAAUCAAUGAAUUCAUUACAUCCAAUUGAUAUACAUUCAGAACAAUUAUUAUCUAUUCCAUUAUGUAAUCAUCAAAUGAAUAAUGAUAAUAAUAAUGAUAAUAAUAAUAAUAUGACAAAGAAGGAUUGUACAGAAGAUUCAUCAUUACCUAAUUUACAACCUAAUUGGACUGCUGCAAUGGUUACAGAUGUUAAUGAUGUGACGAUAGUGUCGAUGAGUUCACCAGUGAAAAUAGAUUGUUCAUCUGAAUGUACAAAUGAAUGUUUAUAAUUAAUAAAAAUGUGUAUAUAUAUAUAUAUGUAUAUCUUCAAGGAGUCAAUUCAUAUGUUAGUUAGUAUAGAAUAAAAUCUUGUCCAAGAAUUAACUACCUAUAAUCAAAGCAUUAAAAAUAGAAUUAACUCCGGUAGAAUAACUCCCACUACUCUCAGUCAAUAAUAAAUUAUUCUUUUGUUGCGCCCAAUGAAUGUCUAUCCGUGUAUUACAUACAUAUUUGUGGCAGAUGAAUGAAAUAUGUUCAUGACUCAAUAAUAAUAAUUCAUUCUUCAUUUAUUUCAUAAAUUAUUUUUGCUUUUAAAUGGUUAUUAAUGUUUACAAGCUAAACAAUAACUAACCAUCUUUUAAUCAGUAUUAUUAUGACUACUAAUUUCAUUUUAAGUAGUAUUAUAUGCAUAUAGGGUGUGUAUUUACAAGUGAUGUAUUUAUCAUAAUAAAAGAAUACUUUCAUUAUUCAUAAUUUUAUUUGUAUCCACCGGUUCAUACUAAAGAUAUUUCAUUAAAGAAGCCUUAUUCUAUCCUUUUUUCUAUUGUGAACAUGUUUUUUACUGAUUCAUUGGCAAACUGUUACUUUUUUCUUUCGAAUUUUUGCCAAUCUUUUCAAAGACAAACAUGAAAAAUUGUCUGUUUUGUAUACAAUAAUUACAAUGUUCAACUUUUCAUUUAAUUAUUGAUCUAUAGUAUUAUUUAUCCCCAAAUUUUCUUCAACAUCUAUUUACUACUUAAUUAAUUAAAUAGUAGUAUUCAUCAGAAGCCUUUAAAUUGUGAAAGUAUAAUGGCGUUAAAACCCUCUUUUUUCACCUAGUAUUACAUUUACCGAUCUGCCUUUAUAUAUAUUUAUAUAUAUACUUUAUUUACUGACCAUCUCUACCAAACAGUUGCCUUAUCGAUCAAUGGAGAUAACUGAGACCUGUGCAACUAUUUAUUUUACAUAUUAUAAAAAAGAAUAAUUAUUAUCUUAACAUAAUCACCCUGAGAACAAUGAGGGGAAUUAUUCAAUAUAAGACUUUUGAAUUGUUCAUAAAAUCAAUUUCGUUUCUUUUUUAUUCCUCUUUAAAAAUGUCCAUUGUUCAUGUUCAUUCUAAAGUAAUUCGACUUUUGUUGUUGUUGUUGCUUUAGUUACUACUUCGUUUUUUAUUCAUUACCUUGUUUACAAUGACUUUUAUCUUCUUAUCUUUUCUAAUAAAAUAUACAAAAUAAAUAUCCCCCGAUGAAAAACAACCUCUCGCCCUACCCCCCACCGAUGAUAAUUAAAAAUCUUGGUGAUAACUUUUAAAUAUGACACCUUUUAUAUGUAAACAAACUGUCAAGUGUUUUUUUUAUUUGUAUAGUUUAAUGUGAAUGAAUUAGAUUAAUUUUGUGGAAAA